AUGUUGCCGAAGAAGGAUCUUGUUAACGACCAGCGGUUCAGCCGCAUUAAUAAAGACCCUCGAUUUUGGGAGAUGCCAGAAAAAGACCGCAAGGUCAAAAUCGAUAAAAGGUUUCGGGCGAUGUUCCACGACAAGAAAUUCAAGCUGAAAUAUACCGUGGAUAAGCGAGGGCGACCGAUUCAUCGCAGCUCCACAGAAGAUAUGAAGCGCUUUUAUGCCCUUUCUGAUUCAGAUUCUGAUCUCUCAGAGGACGAGGAGAAAACUAAGGGGAGAAAGGCAAAACUGAAAGGAGAAGGCGACUUUGGGAAACCUAGUGAUAAGAACUCUGAGGAAGAAAACAAAGUGAUAAAUGAUGCAUCAGUUUCCAAAUCAGAUUCUGCAAAAAACGAAGGCCAGAAAAGGAAAUCCCUCAAGCCUAAAAAGAAGUGGAAAGAAACAAAUGCCAUUAAAUUGCCACAAGAUAAGGAGGAACUUGUACCCAAAAAGCAAAGAGGAAUUUCUGCAGAGAACACAGGUUUACCUCAGAGAACCUCACAGAGGAUCGUAAAAGGCUCUGCUAAAACAACAGAAGAUCACAGCAGAGAAAGAUGUUUAGACCCUGAGAUAAUUGAAUUAGCAAAGGAAGGUAAUGUCUCUACCACUCACAUCAACAAAAACUACAUAGAAAAUAAAACACGUAAAAAGGAGGAGAGCUCUGAGCUUGGAGAAUUAACUGUUGGCGGGCAAGCUGAAGAGGAAAGCAAAUCAGAGGACAGCGGAGAUCUGGAAGAGGAAAGUAGUUUGGGAGAUGAAAGAGAAACAGCAGAGGAGAGCGACUCAGAAGAUGGAGGAGAAACGGGAGAGGAAAGUGGGACGGAUGGUGACGAAGAUGACAGCGAACCAGAUUUGGCCAGGGGGAAAGGCAAUAUAGAAACAAGUUCUGAAGACGAAGAGGAGGAGGAGGAUUUGACGGAGAUAAUUCCAAAGGAACCUGAAGUUGUACAUGGCUGGGGAGAACUGGCAAAGGAUGCCCCUCGUGCGGAUAAGAUCACACACAGACUGGCAGUUUGCAACAUGGACUGGGACCGGCUGAAGGCUAAGGACCUCCUGGCAUUAUUUAAUUCUUUUACACCGAAGGGGGGCGUUAUUUUUUCCCUCAAGGUUUAUCCUUCCGAGUUUGGGAAAGAGAGGAUGAAACAAGAGGAGGUGAAUGGGCCAACAGAACUAUUAAGCCUUCCUGCCGAUGUCACAGAGAAAGACAGCAUUUAUAAGGAGAAACUGAGAGAUUAUCAGUUUAAACGACUGAAAUAUUUCUACGCCGUCGUUGAAUGCGAUUCUGCGGACACAGCCAAUAAGAUUUAUGAAGAAUGCGACGGGCUGGAAUUUGAAAGCAGUUGUUCGUUUGUGGACCUGAGAUUUAUUCCAGAUGACGUGACAUUUGACGACGAGCCAAAGGAGACGGCCUCAGACGUGGACGGAGCGUCGUAUAAACCGAAGUUCUUCACAUCUGCUGCUGUAGCGACAUCAAAGGUAGACAUCACAUGGGAUGAGACAGAUCACGAACGAGUGACGUCCCUAAGCAGAACUUUCAAGAAAGAUGAACUUCUGGACAUGGACUUCCAAGCUUACUUGGCUUCAUCGAGUGAGGAUGAGGAGAAAGAACAGAAAGAGGAUGGUGUAGUGAUCACAGCAGAUCUUGAUGGACAUAAGCACCAUCAGAAGGAUGAUGAAGAGCAAAUUGCAAAAUAUAGAGAACUUCUACAGAGUAUCCAGGAGAAAGAGAAAAAGCACCAAGAAACGGAUAUGGAAAUGGAGAUUAAGUGGGUUCCAGGGCUUAAAGAAACCGCUGAGGAAAUGGUAAGAAACAAGUUGGAAGGGAAGGACACACCGACUCCGUGGGAACAGUUUCUAGAAAAGAAGAAAGAGAAAAGGAAGAUGAAGAAGAAAAAACAGAAGGCUGCUGCGGAGGAAAUACUGACUGAUGAUGUAUGUCCGUCUGAUGUUGAUUUGAAUGACCCGUUCUUUGCCGAGGAGAUCGCGAAGCCAGGUUUGAAUAAGAAGUCGAAGAAGUCCAAGAGAGAAGAAGAAGAUGCCCAAGAAAAGGAAGCCGUGGAAAAACACAAGGCCGAGAUGGCUCUGCUGAUGAUGGACGAGGAGGAGGAAGCGGACGGGAGGAGACACUUCAAUUACGACAAGAUAGUGCACCAACAGAACCUGAGCAAGAAGAAAAAGAAACUGUUAAUGAAAAAGAAGGAACUGCUGACGGAUGACUUCCAGGUCAAUGUUGCUGAUGCCAGAUUCCAAGCAAUGUACACUUCGCAUUUGUUUAAUCUGGAUCCUUCAGAUCCAAACUUUAAGAAAACAAAAGCAGUAGAAAAGAUGUUGGAAGAGAAAGCUCGCCGGAGACAGCAGGGGCAUGCAGAGGUGGCGCAGAUUGGAGAGCGUGUGGCAGAGAAGGAAACAGCUACUAAGAAAUCCAUCAAUCCUGCAUUAUCCGUGCUGGUAAAAUCUGUGAAGAAUAAAACCGAACAGUUUCAAGCAAGGAAGAAGCAGAAAGUCAAAUAAGCAGGAACACGUUUUUACUGAAAAUAUGGAUAAAAGGCAGCUGUGACUUGCUCAAGGAAUCCAAGUGA